GGCACACUGCAGAAGGUUUAAAAGGAAAAUUAAUUCGCGCGUUUUUCGAUUCGUCCUCGUGGUUUCUCGUCUUUCCCCAUGCAUACUUGUAUUUUGUCAGCUUUAUUUUAUCAUCUUUUUUGUGAUUUUUCCUUUAUCAGCUGUUAUGUGAUUUAUCUUUUUUUCUUUUUUCUGCUCAAGCCGCCCUCCCCCACAUCUGCAGAACAGAAAAUAAAAUGGCUAGCUCACUACGGGUAAGAGUCCUCUUUGCCAUUUUGGCCUUCCUACUGGAGGUGAAAAAAAACGUCUCAUAUGCCCAGAACGAGAAUGAGGUGACUCUGUGUCUGUCCGAGUUUAACCAGGACAAAGAGUGCAACGUGUCAGCUGAAUUUGGGAAGGAAAUGAAGGUGUACUGUCCGAUAGACUCAGAACAAAAUAAUAACGGAGGAGUUGUACGCAUGAACGGACGUGAAGUAAAUAACGACAAUGAUUGUUUUAGUAAAAUGAAAUCAAAUGAUGCUGCCAACAGAAAUGUAACAAAAAAAUUUGCAGAGUACGUGGAAAAUUUAAUUUUGCACACCAAUGCUAGGGAUAAUACGCAUUACUUCUACGUGCCACAUACCGUGACAGCUGGAGUGCUCCUCUCGUGUAAUUGCAUUGACAGGCCCAGGCAGAAGGCCUACAAGUUAAACAUCCAAAUAGCCAAAAAUGAAAAUAAAAAUGUUAAGGGUUGUAAUUUUUACUAUGCUGAUGAAAAUGGAGAGCAAAAUGAACAUUCCGUAGAACAAAAUGUCAAUGUAAAAAAGAAAAAGGUGUGCAAUGUAGAUGUCCAAGCGAAUGAUGUUGUUUCCUUUAGAUGCCGAGUUCACAACAGGUACAGCAACGUCCUCGUUAAUCCCCCCCUCUGCUUUCACGAAGUUUCCAAUGAGGAUAAUCAAAAGACGCAACUUUCCGGGGUACUUAAUGGAGUUAAGGUUAUCCCCAGAAUAGCCACCUACGUACCUGACCCUAUGAUGCCCAGAUUUUUGUCCUACCUGGUGGCUCCCCCUCAAAUAAACGAAUCCCUAAAGGUGAAAUGCAGCUGCUCCAUUACAGACAAUGUGCUCGACAUCUCCUACAUAGGAACCAUCUCGUUGAAUUUUAUAAAAACGGAUAAGCUGCACCCCGUCAAGGAGGAAGAUGAUGCCGAAAAGAAGAACAAGUGGAAGAACAGCAUUAAUGAAGGCGAGGUGCAGGACGGCGGGAACAGCGACAAUUCGGCGCCGCGGGAAGGCGAGGCGGACGUCAGGUCCGCUUCCGUGCUCACUGGGCUCUCGACCACGUUGCUCCUCUGUUUGUUUUCCGCGUGGGGGUGA